AUGUUCUUCCACGCGACUCUCGCCCGCAGUUUCAUCAAUGCGCUCAGUGUGCGAGGGGACGAUGAUGCCGUGGAUAGACUCAAUUAUUAUUAUACACCUCUCAUUCUGGCGGUUUGUUGUCUUGUCAUCUCGGCAAAACAAUACGGAGGUACACCUAUCGAGUGUUGGGUGAAUCCGCACAGCAGAGAGUCCAUGGAGGAGUAUAUCGAGUCGUAUUGCUGGAUACAGAACACCUAUUGGAUUCCGAUGUAUGAGAAUGUUCCGGAUGAUCAUACGGCUAGAGAAGAGAAGCAAAUUGGUUACUAUCAGUGGGUUCCGUUCAUCCUUAUAGCCGAAGCGCUGAUGUAUUCACUUCCCUGCAUUUUCUGGCGGUUGUGCAGCUUUCAGUCAGGUGAGUGGAAUCUCAAAGUGUUCUUUAAAAGUAUCAAAUUUAAGGGCUCAAUAUUCAAACCUUAAUCAACGCCGCAUGCGACGCUCAAGCUCUUCUUGACUACGCAGACAGACAAAAGGUGAGGAAUAGGGGAACAGCUCUGACAAGUCAACUUCUUUAUAGGCCGUCGAAGCGAUCACAAGCAAUUUCGUUGACAACCUUGACCUACAGUCACCAAAUGGAAGAAUCAGAGCACGCGGAUGGAUUGCUCGCAUCAAAUUCUCCCGAUUUCUCGCAGGACAAUGCGUAUCUAUCGUUUACUGUUUCACCAAACUGCUCUACUCUGUAAACGUGGUCGCUCAAUUCUUCAUCCUCAAUGCGUGCCUGAAAAGCAGCGAAUUCUUGUUUUUCGGAUUCCAGGUAUUCAUUCCUUUCCUUUUCUGUCUCUAAUUUGCGUAUUCCAGGUUCUGAGUGAUAUCUGGGCAGGUCGUCCAUGGACCGAGACCGGUCACUUUCCAAGAGUGACCCUCUGCGACUUUGAAGUUCGUUACCUAGCCAACCUGAAUCGAUAUACAGUUCAAUGUGCACUUCUGAUCAACAUCAUCAACGAAAAAGUGUUCGCAUUCCUCUGGUGCUGGUACAUGAUUCUCGCUAUUAUCACAACCUGCUCAUUCAUGUAUUGGAUUGCCAACUCAUUCAUUCACUCGGAAAAAGUGGACUACGUGAUGAAAUACAUUCAAAUCGCGGAGUCCAGUGAAUACAAAAAGCUGCAGAAGUUUGAAAAGGAUGCGACUGUUGAGAGGUUGUACACUGUCAUUGCUUUUGCUCCCCACUUGCUCGACUCAUUUGUCUCGGACUUUUUGAAAUCUGAUGGGGUAGGCACAACUUUGCAUUCUUCAUUGGUUCACAAUGUCAUUUUCAGGUGUUGAUGCUGAGAAUGAUAUCUAAUCAUGCUGGCGAUAUGAUCGUGGUUCAGCUGGUCAGAAACCUCUGGCAAGAGUAUCGUGAGAGGAAUUGGAGAGAAUUCGAGGAGCACGAAGAGAUGAAGGACGUCGAAUUGCGGCGGAUUCAAGGCACUAGAGAACGUAUAGUUAUUGCUAAUCCCGUACAGACAAAGUCUUUCCUAUAGUUUACUGUACCACAAACUGAUACGUUCGGGUCAAUACAAAAAAACAGAAUAAACUGAUAUUUUAUUGUUCCUACUGCUAUGCAUUCCGUAUUUUCACAUGUUUGAUCUUUCUGAAAACUUUUCUGCUUCAGAAGCACUUUCCCACCUAUUCUCAUGAUUUUCAAUUCAGUACGAUCAAGUUUACCAUGUCAUUCUCACGAUUUUUGUAUAAAAAGGCCUAGCAGGAGCUGAAUCUCAUCAAUCGUUCAACAAUGUUGUUCUUCCGUCUUCUCUUCGCUUUCUUUUUCUUAGCCGCCGUCGUCGCCUACAAGGACAGUGAUGACGACUCCGAAGAGCCGAUUCGUGUCCUUGCUUACCCGAAACUGUCUAUCAGUACGUGUUCACCAAUACGAAACGUCCCAAGUCCGCUUGCUUUCAGCUCGUCGCCCUGCCUACAAGAUCACCGGUGCUGAUUCGGAUUCGGAAGAGCCGAUUCGUGUCCGCGCCUACCCGAGAAUGUCCAUUAGUAAGCUCAGACGAUCGGAAACAUGUCUAAUGUCUCAUUACAGCUCGCCGUCCUGCUUACAAAGUGUCUGACUCGGAUUCGGAGGAAUCAUACCAGGCUAAAGCCCUUUGUACUUAUGUGAAGUGAUGAUACUGGCCCAAUUAUUGUUUUCAGCUCGCCGUCCCGUUCACAAGAUUGCUAUUCCCGAUGACUCGUCCAGCAACUAA